UUUGCAGCUGAUGAGCACAAAUCCUUGCAGAGCUCCAUUGAGCUCUUGGGCAACGCUGUGGGUUUGCUCUGGGGCUAUGGUUCAGCACUCACCCCACACACCUCUUGCUGUACCCGGUUUCAUCAGUAAGCCAAGUCCUUUCAGGUGGUCAGGCAGACUCUUGACCCUCUGAAGCCCUCCCAGUGAGUCUCAGCAGCGUACAAAUAAAGCAUUGUUCAGGUUGUAGUUAUCCACAUUAAUAUUUGCUGGUCUGCGUAGAGGUUAUAUAUGUACACUACAUCACACAAUAAAGCCAACAUAGGGUCCAGAACCCAUAGGUUUAUUUCACAUUGUCUUCCUUCAACAUGCUGCAGCUAAGGAUGCUUUGUCUCCCUGCCCUCCCCUUUGCCCAGGUGCUGUGGUUAAACCCUGCCCCCACGCAGCCCCUUGCACGGGACGCCCUUUUGGCCAUAUGGGGUCGGCUGUCCCAGCUGUGCCCCCUCGCUGGAGGGCAGCACGAGAAGCAAUGCAGCACUGCUCGGGGUGAGCACGGUUAAGGGUACCCAGCUGCUGCUCCAGCCCCACGGAGCAGGGGAUGCUUGGAGGUGGCCGUACGCCCGCUCGUCCGGGCAGGGACUGCAUCUCUCCCAACGCCUCCCGCCCCCAGCACGGGUGGAAUUCUUCCCCUCGUCCCGAACAGCGUCACGUCGAGGACGGAGAUCAGAACGCUCCCGAGCGAUGUGCCUCGGUCGGCUGGAGAUAAAAUUAUGGCCCUCUAUGAGUCACGAAAAUCCCUUUCCUGAUUUGACGAGAGCGAGCGCGGGGGGCGGCGGGGAGGGGAGAUGUCUCGGCUCUGUCCCCGCCGGGGCUCGUUUCUGACAUCAGCACGGAACCGGGCAUAAAAGCGGCGAGCGGCGCCCCGGGGCGCAGAGGGAGAGUGCUGGGCUCCGCGGGACGGCACCGGGCGCUGCGGGACCGAGGUAAGCGGGGGGCGAAGGGAGCGCGGCGUGGGCUCUCACGGCUGCUUCCCCGAGCCGACGGCUUCGGCUGCAGGUGGGGUUGCUGCAAACUUCACCUCCUCCUACCUCUUGGGAGUGAGCCUGCCGCCGGUCCGGGGAUGCUGCGAUGGGAUCCGGAUGGGGAUGGCGUUCCCCGAUGGCGUUCCCACGGCGGGGACGCGCUUUCUCCAUCACUUCCCUACCAACCCGAUCAGGGUCUAGCCAAGGGAAGCCGCCGGUUUCGUGACACCCUCAGAACGCGACUGCCCUGUAUGUGUGCCCGCAGGUUGGGAUUGUCGCCGUUGCCGAGCCGCUGUCGUGGGAAAGCCUCGGGGAUGAAGCUAGGGGCCACCUGCCUGCUGUGCUUGCUGCUCACCUGCAUGGCUCUGCCCGCUGCCGGCCGCCUCCGUGAGCGCUCCAUGGAAAUCAGGAACCCAGACAUCGACCCCUCCUGGUACACUGGCCGUGGCAUCAGGCCCGUGGGGCGAUUCGGGCGACGGCGAGCACUGGGGGAAAGUGCCCAACCCAGGGGGGCUGUCCUGCAUCCUGCCUGCAUCCCCCCGCACACCCAGCCCCCGCGGGAGCAGCGAAGUGCCUGAGUUGAAGAUGGGG